UAAAAGGCAAAAACAAAAGAGUAGCGAAGCAGAAGUAGAAGAUAAGCAAGGGAUUCCAAUGAGACCCUUGCUGCCUGGGGGAGGAGGUACAACUGCCGCCGCAUUCCGCAGGCGUAUUAAUUGCCUCAUUCUCCAGCUCCAGGUAACUGAGCCAUUGAGCAAGCAGACAGGUAACUUACACCCAGUGUGCACAGUUAGGCAGCAGAGAGGGAGGGAGGGGAAGCCUAAAGGCCUUCACGAAUUCCCAACACCACUAAACCACCAAGGAAGCAAAAGCAAAAAAAAAAAGCAGAAGACAAAAGCAUCCGUCAGUCUUCACUGCAGGCGCACAAGAUCAGCAGCAGCAGCUGUAGCAUUGAAUAUAGAACGUCGGAUUUGUGUGUGGGGGAUAUGGGAAGAAGAGCUCAUCACCAUACUGGACUUGGCUACUUUCUCUCACUUGUAGCUGGCCGUCUCCUCGUACACGACGCUCUCUCUCUCCCACACACAAAUCCAGGUCUUUUAAUUCUCUACGCUUGUAAUGAUUCCACCCCUGCUCUGUCAAUAACUGUAACAUUCUCCCCACCCCCCCCCCCUCCCCGCUGUGAUUUUUUUUUAGGGUCAGAGCUUGGCAGGGAAUUUAUCGAUGGUCUUGAGAGGGAGACGAGUUUUGUGACACGGGUGAGUGAUGUCGUCGAAUUGAAGUAACGCAUGAGUUGUUGGGGGGGAGGAGUGUAUUCCUUCGGGAACUGUGACGGUCAUAUGUUACAUAACGUUUGAAAACCAUGUCCUCGUUUCGGGCAGCUCGCAUCGUAGCCCUGUAUUGCUUUGGUGGAGAUGAUGGUGGUGGUGGUGGUGGUGCUGAUGAUGAUGUGGGUGUGUCAGCCGCUGCCAGCUUAACAGAAUGCCACUGUGAUCAUCCUUGUUUGUUUCUUUGGAACCCCGCUUUCCCUCCCCCCUCCCUCCCCACCUUGCUUUGGCCUUCGUCGUCUUGUCCGUGAGAUGCACCUGAUCUGUAAGCUGGGUAAUCAUAAGGAACCUGGCUUGCAGGGAUCUCAGUGAUGAGUUGUUUCCUGUCGAUGAAGGUCCUGCUUUUUGUUGUUGCUAGCUUCGUGCAAAAUAGUGCUCAAGUGGACAUUAUCACAUGCAGUCGCGAUGGGUGAUGGUGUUCCGAUUGGAGCGGCUUGACCACCUGGUGUGUUGUGGCGACCUUGUCUCCUUCUCUCCCCCUCUGGACUCGCAAAAGUGGUUGCGAUGCGAGCUUGAGCUUAGCAGGGUAGAUAGAUUAGCAACCUCCUAAUUCACAGGUGCUCGCUGGGAGUAAUCUCUCGGAAGCGCCGCUACCAUCAUCGUUUUUUUCAGUCUCUUGAAGUUGCGAAGGCUUUAGUUUUAGUUUUCGUUUUGUUUUUUUUGUGUUAUUUCCCCCGCCUAUCUAGCUGAAUGCACGGUACUGUUGGAGAUUGUCUCGAAGUUGCAACUAUCCGAUGACUGCUGUUAACUCUACAGCCACAAUUAGUUGUACAUCAUACCCGGCUGACUGAUAGCGGAAUCAACUUGAUGCGAGUAAUGAAAGCUCUUGAAAUUGAGAAUAAUCCAUCGAGGCUUAUGUAAUCCUCGCCAUUUUCCACUGGCCGUCCGUGCUCCCCUCCUACCCGAGAUUGGUGCUCCAGUGUGAGCAUCUGCAAUGGCGGUGUGCUGGAGAUUUGUCAUGGUGCUCUUGCUCACUCUGGCAUCACUUGUUGCUCCCAGCCAACCCCUAUUCCAACCCCCAGCAGGGCCUUACCAAAUGCUGAGGGGAGACCUGAGAACCUCAAGUGCUGUGAUCGAGAACCAAAUCCCUCUUGACGGCCCAGCUGGCUCUGAUGUGGAGCAGAGCUGGAACGUCCCUGUGGGCCGACGAGGUCGGUUCCGCAGGCUUGUUCAAAGGGGUGGUCAAGUAGAUUGCGACUUACAGCUGAAGUGCCAACGUCGCAAGGGAAGGGAAACUCACAACACGCUGGAUGACGACCGAGAGAGAUCACGAAUCCACGAAACCCUCGCCAAGUACCGACUGCCACCGACGAGACACAUGGCACACCUCAAUUCCGACCGAAUGGUUCCGACGGGACCCAACCCACUGCACAACAGCAACAGGUCGCAGAUCGCAUUCCCUUGAGAGCUCAAUCCACCACCGCGCACAUCCAAUCGAUUUGUCCGAGAGGGCUCUUCCUCUUGACAUCACUCGUCGAUCGCCGAUCAACCCUAAUUCAUCACACGACAACCCACUACGGACAUUGUUCACCGCCGGCCUGCAAGUCACGUCACACGGGUCGAAAAUUUGAAGGGAAAAUCACCAGCGCGACAGAGAUUGGAAUCGAGAAGUAAAAAGGAAAGGUGGGUGCGGCUCAACGAGGAAGUUUGUUUUUGCGACGAUUCUCAUCGUCACACGCGAUACAGCACUGAUCGUGCUCCGUGUCGUGAUCGAGCUCAAGAGAGUGAUCGGCCACUCGAGCUCGCAUCGGAUUCCGGUCAAAUGUACAUUACUGAGUGCCGCUUUAUCCAUCAUCUAUGAAUAUAUUGGCUAUGAAAUUUUGCACCCCACUCACGCCAUAGCCCACAAUUGCUUGCUUGAUGUUUCUUACCGCGAGUAAUACUUCGAGUCGAAUGCGCACGAGACAACACACGUUUUGAUGUGCGAUGCAAAUGCUGCCCCACUCUUCGAUGAUCCUCUGCAAUAGUCGGUAGAAUUAGGGUUUUUCGAAGCCUUUACUAACUCUAAUUAGGGUGGGUUUUAUUUUUUGGGCUUCAUUUUCUAUGUGGAUGUGCAUUGAGCGUUGAAAUGAUUUGAAAAGUAGGUUAAUGAAACAGAACAAUCAUUUUUUGUACCGUAAUUCUCUUUCAUGCUUUUGGGUGUUACUCCUUCAACUCCAACACCUUUAAUCUACUCUUAA